GUUCAGUGGACGGUCAUAGACUGAGCGUGUCUUAUGCACAAUUGGUUUUAAAAGUAAUCUCUAACUCUAAGAAGUCAUCUCUUUCUUUCUAGAAUACCCAAGAUUAGACUGAUGAAGCCAUCUGUAUCCUGAACGAGUUUUGCCAUCUUUUAAAAAAAAAAAGGAAGGAAAAAAAUAAAGAGCAAAAGGAUAGAUGCUUCUCUCCAAGCAGGAUUAACAUCCAGUGACUGAAUAAAUUCAGAUCCUUCAGAGCCCUCUUCCAGAGUAAGAAGGGGGAAAUGAGUGACCUCUCCAACUUCACCAAUGGAACUGGAAAUAACAGUCUCUGUACCAGAGAUUACAAAAUCACCCAAGUUCUUUUCCCCCUGCUCUACACAGUCUUGUUUGUUGUAGGCAUCAUCAUGAACAGUCUGGCAAUGGGAAUUUUCUUCCAAAUCCCAAGCAAAUCUAACUUUAUCAUCUUCCUCAAGAACACUGUCAUUUCUGAUCUUCUCAUGAUACUGACUUUCCCCUUCAAAAUCCUCAGUGACGCAAAGCUGGGAGCGGGACCUCUGAGGGCAUUUGUUUGCCAGGUUACCUCUGUCAUAUUCUACUUCACCAUGUACAUCAGUAUCUCCUUCCUUGGCUUGAUCACCAUUGACCGUUACCAGAAAACUACCAGGCCAUUCAAAACAUCCAGCGUCAACAACCUGCUUGGAGCCAAGAUUCUGUCGGCUGUGAUUUGGAUAUUCAUGUUCCUCCUGUCCUUGCCAAACAUGAUCUUGACCAACAAGAAACCAGUGCACUUGAACGUGAAGAAAUGUGCUUUCUUGAAGUCAGAGUUUGGCCUGGUGUGGCAUGAAAUUGUCAACUACAUCUGCCAAGUCAUUUUCUGGAUCAAUUUGCUUAUCAUAAUUGUAUGCUACACACUGAUCACUAAAGAGCUGUAUCGAUCCUAUGUAAGAACAAGGGGGGUGGGGAAAGCCCCUAAGAAAAAGGUAAAUGUCAAAGUGUUUAUCGUCAUUGCUGUGUUUUUCAUCUGUUUUGUGCCUUUUCAUUUUGCUAGGAUUCCCUACACCCUAAGCCAAACAAGAGAUGUUUUUGAUUGCGCUGCUGAGAAUACCUUAUUUUAUGUGAAAGAGAGCACCUUGUGGCUGACUUCCUUAAACGCAUGCUUAGAUCCAUUCAUAUACUUUUACCUCUGCAAAUCCUUUCGGAAUUCCUUGAUGGGCAUGUUGAGACACAGAAAUACUCCUAUGAUGUUCUCACCCCAGGAGAUCAGAAACAAAGGGCAGGACAAUAGCAGUCCAUCAGAAGAGAUCCCAUUAUAAAGUAAACAGGCAU